AUGUCCAAGACCGACUUUGUCGUCGGGACGCGCAAGUCCAACCUCGCGCUGAUCCAGACGGGGCACGUCGCUGACGCGUUGGCCGCCGCCAACUCUGGCAAAACGUUUCCCGUCGCGCACAUGACGACCAAGGCCGACGCAAACCAGAACACCCCCUUGCACCUCCUUGCGCCGUACAACUCGGCCAUCCCGGCCAAGAGCAUCUGGACAGACGAGCUCGAAAGCGCACUCCUGGAUGGCCGUUUCGACCUUCUCGUCCACUCGUGCAAGGACGUGCCGACUCUUAUUCGUGAGGGCUGUGAAAUUGCCGCCUUGCUUGAACGCCACGACCCCCGCGACGCGCUUGUCGUCAAGGAGGGCCUGCCGUACAAGAGCCUCGACGAGAUGCCGGAUGGCAGCAUUAUUGGCACGGGGUCUGUCCGCCGCGUUGCGCAGCUCAAGCGCGCUUACCCUAACCUCCGCUUCGAGGACAUGCGUGGUAACCUCAACACCCGCCUUGGCAAGCUCGACAACCCCGAGAACUCGUUCGUUGCCCUCAUCCUUGCUGUCUCUGGAAUGAAGCGCCUAGGCUUCGAGAACCGCAUCACCGCACCCCUCGGCGCACCUGCGCUCAUGCACGCUGUUGGGCAAGGCGCUCUCGCUGUCGAGAUCAGGCAAGGAGACGCCGCGACGCGCAGCGCUCUCCGUGCCAUUGGACACUGGCAGACCGAGUGGCGUGUGGGUGCUGAGCGUGGCCUCCUCCGGGUUCUCGAGGGCGGGUGUUCCGUCCCCGUCGGCGUCGAGACGCAGCUCGAGGAGGUCGACGCCGGCGAGAAGCCUUACUACCCCGCCGACACGUUCCCUGCGCUCACGGUCAACUCGCCAACGCUGCACUACUCCGGAUUGCUCGCGCCGACGGCGCAGUGGCCCGCUUCUGACGCUGAGGUCAAGACAAUGUCCCGCGCCGCGCGUCUGACCCUCUGCGCGUGCGUGACCUCCACCGACGGAAAGCGGCACGUGCUGUACGAGCCUGGACCAGUGGUCGUGACGAGCUGGCGUGAGGCGCAGCGCUGGGGCGAGGACUGCGCCCGGCAGAUGCGGACCAUCGGUGCUGGUGAGAUUCUGGACGAGAUCGAGGAGGGGCGUAAGACACGUGAGGCCGAGACCCUGCGCCAGGCGCAAGAAGCGGCGGCGCAGUACGCCGCGCAGGCGCAGGCGCAGGCGACAGCUUAG